UUCAACAUCGAUGCAACUAUUAUAAAAAUUUCCUCCCGUUUUAAUGGUAACAACAACAGGGCUGGAUCAGUUGGGAUUAAAUUGAGGGACCCAGGAUCAGGCUGACACAGAUAGCUACGGCGAUUGAGGAACGCUUCUAAUCCUCAGUAAUUCCCCCUAACUCCUUUCACCCACCUUAAAUUUUAUCUGAAGCGAAACCGGGUGUGCUAGAUUCGGAACUUUUUCAUCAUGGCUGGACAGAUUUGUCUGUUAUAUUCCAUCCUACUUUUUCACUUUGGGACCGCUGCAGUUCUUAGAGCUCGGUUACCAGAGGAACUUUCCCCUCACGUUGCACUUUUGUCGUCUGCAAGACCAUUUCCCUCUGAUGAGCAAAAAGAAACGGCGAUUUCAUCCAUUGGAAGUUCCAACAAAUAUAUACUGACUUUUUAUCAAAAUUUGUUAGACGGACACUCUUUGUCGGAAGCUGCCCAGACAAUUGAAAAGGCCAAACUUGACGAAGUCAACACUAUACGGAGCAUUGCCCCAAAGGUUAACUACAAUGGAAUGAUUUUCAAGAUUCCAGUUCUUGGAUCGGAAGAAUCGGUGCAACAUAUGGAACUUCGAUUUAAUGCAACUACAACUCACAGAAGAUGGCUAGAGAUUGGCAUAAAGAGAAUGAAUAAAACUAUUAAAAGAGGUGUGCAACCCGUCACAAAUAAACAUGACUUAACCUUAUUAAUCAGACCUUGGAUGUCGAAAGAAAAUAAAGAACUCUUUGUUGAAAUCAAACAAAAAAUUGUCCCCGAGACCGAGGAAGAUGCCAUUCUAGUUCUCUUUACAAAUGACAAAGCCCAUCUAACAAAACUGUCUGACAUAAGCAAUGUAUCCAAAGAUGAUAGUGAAAGCCAUUCAAGAAGCAGGCGAUCUACCCCCCGUCGUCGAAGAAAAAACUGCCAUUUGUCCAACAUGCAUGUUAGUUUUAGUCGCCUUGGUUGGGGGCAGUACAUUGUUUUCCCCAAAACUUACAACGCCAAAGUUUGUAAAGGGAUAUGUGUACCCGCUAUCGCCCAGCAAAAAGCUGUGACGAACCACGCCGUGAUGCAGAGUUUGAUGCGAGAGUCGGCUAAAGGCAAAGUUCCCUUGCCAUGUUGUGUACCCCAAAAGCUGAGUCCCCUCAGCAUAUUGUACACAGAAAAAGACCAGUUCCUUGUAAAACAUCAUAAAGACAUGGUAGCUGAAGAGUGUGGAUGCGAAUAAGAUAUUUCCAAUGAUAUUGUGCGGUCACGAAUUCUCGAUAUGUACAUCUGGGAUGGGGGAUGUGGGGAUGGGGGUAAAUGUAUCUUAAAUUGUAUAUGUCGCACAUCAUCUUUGACAAGUGUCUGGAAAUGCAUCUUUGUAAAGUAGUGUUAUUUGUAUGAUUUACAUAAAUUGACAUGGAAUGAAUGAAAUAAAAGUAAACGGGGGGAGAGGGUAUACAUGUAUAAAUGAACGCAUAUACGUAAUCAGUUAGUUGAUGAUGACUGGUUGGUCUGAGAUAUUUGCAAUGUCGGUGUAAUUAUGCUCUCCACACUAUCCAUGAGCUGUUGAAGGCAAAUGAAUUGCUACAAUUUUUGGCGGAGAACAUUUGUGUGUGUGUAUGUUUAUUCGAAGUUACGAAUUCGCAUGGAACAUGUACAUGUUAAAUUCUAUUUAUAUUCUUUAUUGUUAUUUGUUGUUGAAUUUUUAUGAAAAUAAAUUAUUUUCAAAGCU